GAGGCUCCAAAGUCGGCGGCAGAGUCGCCGCGCGGAUCCGAGCGGCUGGACGCGGGCUCCGGGAGAGGGGUGGGGAAGGGAAGGGGGUGCCGCACACACCUCCGAUCCCGCCUGCUACGGCCCGAGUCCACCCCCCCCCCCAGCCCGGCCUGCCACGCGCGCAACUCUCUCCCAUGACACCUCCCCGCGGCGCGCGGCGCUGAGCCUGGCUCCGUGCGGGUCCGAAAGGGACAGAGGUCCGACUCGGGAAGCCGGGGACCGGGCGGGCUCGGAGCGCCAGCUCUCGCUCCUCCUCCUCCCGCUGGUCGCCGCUGCAGCCGCCGCCGUCGCCGCGUGGAUGCCAAGUACCAGCUUCCCAGUCCCUUCCAAGUUUCCACUCGGCCCUCCGGCCGCAGUCUGCGGGAGCGGAGAAACUUUGCGGCCCGCGCCGCUCGCCGGCGACACCAUGAAGGCGGCCGAGGAAGAACACUACAGUUAUUCGACCCCCAGCAUCAACUCGGGUCUGCCUCUCUCUGCACCACACAGCUCCUUGCCAGCUCAGUGCCAUGACCUCCAGACGUCCACUCCGGGCAUCUCAGCCGCUCCUUCAACAAAUCACCCCUCGGGUUAUGGAGGGGCUGUGGAUGGUGGGCCAUCCGGGUACUUUCUCUCUUCGGGCAACACCCGGCCCAAUGGGGCCCCAGCUCUAGAAAGUCCUCGCAUCGAGAUCACCUCCUACCUGGGCCUGCACCAUGGCACCAGCCAGUUUUUCCAUGACGUGGAGGUGGAAGAUGUUCUUCCCAGCUGCAAGCGGUCACCAUCCACAGCCACACUGCACCUUCCCAGCCUGGAGGCCUACCGAGAUCCCUCCUGCCUGAGCCCGGCCAGCAGCCUGUCCUCCAGGAGCUGCAACUCCGAGGCCUCCUCCUACGAAUCCAACUACUCAUACCCGUAUGCGUCCCCCCAGACGUCCCCGUGGCAAUCGCCCUGUGUGUCCCCCAAGACCACGGACCCUGAGGAGGCCUUUCCCCGAAGCCUGGGUGCCUGCCACCUGCUCAGCUCCCCCCGGCACUCCCCAUCCACCUCCCCACGUGCGAGCGUCACCGAGGAGAGCUGGCUGGGGGCCCGCGGCUCCCGGCCCACAUCCCCAUGCAACAAGCGCAAGUACAGCCUGAACGGCCGCCAGUCCUCCUGCUCGCCCCACCACUCGCCCACACCGUCCCCGCACGGCUCCCCGCGUGUCAGCGUGACCGAGGACACCUGGCUCGGCAACACCACCCAGUACACCAGUUCGGCCAUUGUGGCCGCCAUCAACGCCCUGACCACGGACAGCAGCCUGGACAUGGGCGACGGGGUUCCCGUCAAGUCCCGCAAGACGGCCCUGGAGCAUGCGCCCUCGGUGGCCCUCAAAGUGGAGCCAGCUGGUGAGGACCUGGGCACCACCCCGCCCACCUCCGACUUCCCGCCUGAGGAGUUCACCUUCCAGCACCUGCGGAAGGGCACCUUCUGUGAGCAGUACCUGUCAGUGCCACAGGCCCCGUACCAGUGGGCGAAGCCCAAAUCGCUGUCUCCUACAUCAUACAUGAGCCCGUCUCUGCCCGCCCUCGACUGGCAGCUGCCAUCCCACUCGGGCCCCUAUGAACUGAGGAUCGAGGUGCAACCCAAGUCCCACCACCGAGCCCACUAUGAGACGGAGGGCAGCCGGGGGGCUGUGAAGGCGUCGGCCGGAGGACACCCCAUCGUGCAGCUACACGGUUACUUGGAAAAUGAGCCGCUCACGUUACAGCUGUUCAUCGGAACGGCGGACGACCGCCUGCUGAGGCCCCACGCCUUCUACCAGGUCCACAGGAUCACGGGAAAGACCGUCUCCACCACCAGCCACGAGGCCAUCCUGUCCAACACCAAAGUCCUAGAGAUCCCACUGCUGCCGGAAAAUAACAUGCGAGCCAUCAUAGACUGUGCUGGGAUCCUGAAGCUCAGGAACUCUGACAUCGAGCUGCGGAAAGGGGAGACGGACAUCGGGAGGAAGAACACCAGGGUACGGCUGGUCUUCCGCGUCCACAUCCCCCAGCCCAACGGUCGGACGCUGUCCCUCCAGGUUGCCUCGAACCCCAUUGAAUGCUCCCAGCGCUCGGCCCAGGAGCUGCCCCUUGUGGAGAAGCAGAGCACAGAUAGCUACCCCGUCAUUGGCGGGAAGAAGAUGGUCCUGUCCGGCCAUAACUUUCUACAAGACUCCAAGGUCAUUUUUGUGGAGAAGGCUCCAGAUGGCCACCACGUCUGGGAGAUGGAAGCAAAAACUGACCGUGACCUGUGCAAGCCAAAUUCCCUGGUGGUUGAGAUUCCACCGUUCCGAAACCAGAGAAUCACCAGCCCCGUCCAAGUCAGUUUCUAUGUCUGCAACGGGAAGCGGAAGAGAAGCCAGUACCAGCAUUUCACCUACCUUCCUGCCAAUGUCCCAAUUAUAAAGACAGAACCCACCGAUGAUUUUGAGCCGGCCCUGACCUGUGGACCAAUGAGCCAGGGACUGAGUCCUCUGCAGAGGCCCUACUUCAGCCAACAGCUCACCAUGCCUCCUGACCCUGGCUCCUGCCUGGUGCCCGGCUUUGCCCCCUGUUCACAGAGGAACACCCUGAUGUCCACACCUCCCAGCACAAGCCCGAAGCUCCACGAUCUCUCUUCCGCUGCCUACGCCAAGGGUCUUGCCAGCCCAGGCCACGGCGGUCACCUUGGACUCCAGCCGCCGGCUGCGGAGGCUCCCGUGAUGCAGGAAGCGCCGAGACCCGUGGCGCUGCAGCCCGGCUCGCCCGAGCAGCCCCCGCCCGCCCUGCUGCAGACGCAGUGAAUGAAAUCAUACGCAACGACCUCUCCAGCACGAGCCCCCACUCCUAAUUCGACGCAUUGGAGCUGGCAGAAGCUGCGUGGAGUUGGUUCAGCGCAGACAGCCGGGCUUCAGCCUGCGAGACUUUUGAUGAAAUAAACUGAACCUACAUCUGGUACCACUCAGAACUUCCAACUUGCUCAAUGGCUAGGAGCUGAAGACUUACACUAUAUGUACAAAGAAGUAACUCUCAAAUCAGGAGGGAGGAGACGGGAAGGGAGGACACCAAGGCUCCUGAAGGAAAAAACCAUGUCAAGGAUACAGAAGGGCUUGGAGGGUGAGGCCAGGGACACACGCUUAUUCCUUGAAGCAAAGGGCCGUGUGGCAGGCUGACCCCACGCCUAGCCCUCCUGCCCCUGGAUUGCAAUACUGGAAGUGCCUUAUUUAAUGAGACCAUAGCAUCAGGGCAUCGUGGAAGUGAGCACUGAAUUUUCUACCAUGGAGUAUUUGUAGGCGCCAAAGCUAUUUAAAAAAAUUUUUUUGUUGUUGUUAAGAGGCUUUAUCCUUUGUAUAAAUUGAUAGAGUUCUGGUAAGCUGGGGCUUCCCGUUUAUCUCCAACUCUCUUGGCUGCCCUGCGUGAUUCUGCUGCCUUAUCCUGUGUGUUGUAAAGGUCUUCCAACCUAUCAUCUCAGCUCUUUCUUAAUCGACUCCCUUCUCGGUGUGACUAAAACCAUAGGAUUGUUAAUAGCAGCAUGCUGAGAGAUUUCGGUUUUUAAACAUAGCACAAGGAAAUUGAACAGCACAAGAUAGGAUCCUGGACAAGAAAAAAAAAAAAGACAAAAAAAAAAAGAAAGAAAACUUACUUGCCACAGAUCUGAUCCUGUGUUUGCAUGCAUGUACAUAAAGGAUUUAUAUUUAUGUAUCAAUAAUCAGUGGCGAAGAUGGUGAUGACCAGUGUGUGCUCAACAGGGGCCUCCACAUCAGCAAUAACCAAUGUCCACUUGGAUAAUACACCUAAGAGUCCAGACCUGAUUUUCCAACACCUUCCAUCGGUGUGUGUGUGGGGGGGGUGUCUGUCACCCCUGCACAGACAGGCGGCAUUUUUUUCCCCAUCUCGUGCAGUUACAGAGCACUUUAGAAUGCCAGAGAGCUGUGCUCAAAAUGCCCAUAGGCUACCAGAUGGCAAAAUCAGAAAUCAGUGUAAAUGACCAUUACAAAAGGAGUAUAAUAUAUUUGUUCAAUUAUAAGAUUAUUAUUUCACAGAAGCCUUACAGCUCUCUGCUUUCAUCUAAGAAAACAAUUACCAAAAAACAAUGUUUUCACAGGCAGCCUGUGGAUAGCGUGUUUUCAGUUUCAGAUCAGUCACUGUUAACAAGAUAGGUUGGUGUUGGCUUUACUGUUGCGUUUUGUACGAUUAGUUGCUUAUUACAGUUACUAGCAGUGACCUAUUAUUUCAUAUAACCAAAAAAGCAUGGUUUAAUUAAAACAUGUUUAAUGAUUGUGCCUUAGGAGUUAACGCCCCCUUAUGGGAUAUGCCUGCAUUGCACCUUGUGGGUGGAGGUUACUGUAAGCCAGUCACAGAUCAAACUCAUGAUGGGAAAACACUCUCCCACAGGAAGACGCAUCUUUAAAAUGUUCAUCUGUGUACGACUGUGUCUUACCUUUCUCCAACUCAUGGAAAGAAACAAAAAAAAAGUCCGAAAGCCAUUUUUGAACGUCUGCACACGACUGUGAAGAGCUGAUGUGCGCCACCGCCUUGUACAUAGGUAGCCCCUGGUACCCAUAGGCUGCCUCCUGUCUGUACCCAGUAUGUACCCUGUGUUUAGUAUCAUGUUGCAUGAACCCUUCCUAGUAGACUGUCAUAUGAAAGCAAGUGUUUGAUAUUUGUGUCAUCUAUCUUUGUAGUUAGAAAACAGACCCAAUAAAGCAGUAUUUUUGUUUUGCUGGACAA